AUGAACCUCAGCCAGCAGGCCUCCCAGCAAAACGCCACCAGUUCUCUCGCUGCGUGGGCAGACAGCGAAGUUGAAAACCUGCUCUACAAGAUCGAGAUUGUCCUCAACCAAACGCUGACGGUCGCCAUGAUGGUGAUGAGCGUCGUUGGCAACACCCUAGCAACGCUGGUGCUGAGCCGUCGCGCCUUCCGGCAUCUGCCCACUUCCGUGUACCUCCGAUUCCUGGCUGUGAUGGAUGCUGGGACGGUGGUCACUGGACUCACUCACAGGUUUACGCUGGCCGUGGCGGACUACGAUUUCCGCGCCACCGGGAACAUCCCCUGCCAGCUGCAGGUGUUCACCGUCUAUGUGUUCACAGAACUCAGCGCCUGGACGCUCAUUGUGGUCACUUCAGAGAGGGUGGUGUGCAUCCUCAAGCCGCACAAGGUUAAGCUGCUGUGCACCAAGUUCAAAUCCUACGUCAUUCUCGUAUCGUUGACCGUCAUAUUCUUCACGGCCAACUUACCCAUUCUAUUUAUAUUCGGACGGAAGUACGUGUAUGACCCAGUUCUGAACGUGACGAUCGAAGAGCCGUGCGUCCCGAUAUCCACGGACGAAGAUCUCAAUAAAGUGUGGUUUAUGAGUCACUUCAUCAAACAAAGCCUGGUGCCUUUCAUCAUCAUCUUCGUCAUGAACAUUAUCAUGAUCGUUGGGUUGUUCAAACGAAAAGAAUUUGUCAAAGAAUCCAUGCGCAGCGGAGGGGGAGGUGGGAAAAAGAGACAGAUCAGCGCAAAGUCUCAGGGUAACUCAAGUACCGCCGAAUCAAUGACGCCAUCAACUUCUGUGCAGAGUGUCAGCUCUACUACACAGAUUGUUGUGACGUCACAGCCAACUUCCGGUGAAGGAAGUUCUUCCCAAGCAGCUUCCAGACGAGAAACUGCCCUGACGAAAAAUCUAAUCAUGGUGAACGUUGUGUUUCUCAUGUGUACGUUUCCGAUAGGGAUCUAUCAACAGAUUGUUCCGCGACCCCCUGAGAAAGAUUUGGACCCCCCAUCUGAGACUAUAGUAUUUUCCAUGCUUGUUUUCGUUCUUUAUCUCAACAAUACUCUCAACAUUUUCCUCUACUGUGCCAACGGAUCCAGGUUUAAAAAGGAGCUGUCAAGCAUGCUGAAGGAAAUGAAACUGUUUUGCAAAGGCUCACAGAAAUAUUCGUAA